UAGGGGAGGGGCUCUAUAGUGACUGCCGGUGAUAAGACUCUAUCGAAAAGCUAGCGUAGGAUUUUCUUAUUCAUUUCAUUUUGGUUUGUUUUUUGUGAUUAGUAGCCUUGUCCCAUAGAGCAGCGUCAAAUCGUAAAUUACGCGCAAAACAUUUAUUAUUGCGUUCGCAACUAAUAAUAAUUAGUAUUUGUUUAUCAAUAAAAUUAAAUCGAGUAUAUAGAGCGAUCAAAAUGCAAAAUCAUCCGUGCAAUGACGUAGCUCAACGAUUUGAUUAUUUGGAACUCGCUGACAAUGAAACGGCAGACCACCAACGGCAGCAGCAACAACAACAAAUACCGCUACUGGGGCAUAAAGGCCAGAAUGUUGCAAAAAUUCCUUUCUGCAAAAUGCACGACGCAGUCAAACCGUCCCUCCAACAAACGGUCCAUCAAGCUGGCCCACCAGUCGUCGCCGCUACAGAAUCGCCACACAGUGGGUCGGCAGCGGACGAUGAGGAUGAGACCGAUGUGAUUGGCGACCUCAUGGGUCACUAUGGCAAAUGGCAGUUAAUCAUGACUGUGCUGUUGUCGCUGUUCCAAGUGCCAAACACCUUCCACAUAUCCUCCUCGGUAUACCAGGCGGCCAACAAAGAUUUCUGGUGUCAGCGGCCAGCUCAUCUCCAACAGCUGCCCGUCGACGUGUGGCGCAAUGUGAGCGGCUCCAUCGGUAAUUGUCACCAACGCUCGGACAUCGAUUGGUCGCUGGUGGGCAACGAAACGACAUCAGUGGCGCAUUUGCAGCAACAGGCGAAGGCAAAGGCGAAUGCUACUACGGAUGCUGCUGGCGGGAAAAUAUUAGCGUGCGAGGCUUGGGAGUACGCAACUGAUGAUAACGUGGGCAACACAUGGACCUCUCAGUGGGAUCUGGUGUGCGACAAGGAGCAUAUGAAAAACGUGGCCGAGAUGUUCUUUCUGCUUGGUGUGGCAACAGGUGGCAUCAUUUCCGGCUACCUCUCCGACAGGUUUGGACGCAAAACAAUGCUCUUCAUAUCGGCCGUGCUACAGACCAUUUUUGGUCUUUGGCUGUAUUUUAUUAGCUCCUUCGAAUUUUACCUAACACUACGCGCACUAUUGGGCCUUGUCUCAGUGUCGGUUACCUACUCCGGCCUCAUAUUGGCCAUCGAGUAUGUGGAUGGAAAAUGGAGGACAAUAGCCGGCAUGUACAAUCUAUUCCCGCUGCCCAUUUCCUAUAUGCUCAUCUCGGGCCUAGCCUAUCUGACGCAAGACUAUCAGCGUUUGCAACUGUGUAUUGGCCUGCCGGGCAUAUUUUUAUGCUUCCUUUGGUUUGUGGUGCCGGAAUCGCCGCGCUGGUUGCUGGUCAAGGGUCGUAUUACCGAGGUGCGACGCAUCAUCGAGGCAGCUGCCAAAUUUAAUGGACGCGAACUACCCGCCGAUUAUCAGCUGACGCCGCCAACUCAGGAAAUGAGCUCCCAAGACUUUACGUACCUGUUUAGAUCGAGCUACUUGCGCCGCAUUUCGAUAUGCUUUCUCUGCAUUUGGUUCACCAUGAAUCUGGUCUACUAUGGCAUUAUUCUGAACAUGAGCUCGUUUGGCGGAAAUGUUUAUUUGAAUUCGGCACUAGCCGGUCUGGUGGAGAUACCCGCCAUUGCUGUGGCCAUGUACAUUAUCACCAAAGUGGGCAAGAAGUGGCUCUUCUGCGCCACCUUGCUCUGCACAGGCGUCGCCUGCUGCUGUGCGGGCUUCACCGAGGGUCGCGAAGAGAUGCUCUGGCUAAAGAUCACAUUCCUCAUGAUGGGAAAGUUCACAAUCAGUGCUGGCAACACCAUUAUGCCCGUCUAUACGGCCGAGCUCUAUCCCACCGCCAUACGUAAUGUGGGCGUCGGGGCCUGCAAUGUGGCCGCUGGAUUAGCACUGAUACUCACGCCGUACUUGUCGUUAUUGAACAAAAUCGAGGGGCACUUGCUCAUGACGCUUCUGACGGCUUGGAGCAUCUUUGGAGGGUUUGUCGUACUUUUUCUGCCCGAAACAGCAGUGCGUCGCACCACAUCGAACCACAAUGCUUCAUCUGAUGCCAGCACUGCGAAGCAAGUGUAAUGGGCUAUUUGAAUGCCCUUUAACUCUUGCACCCUGAAACAUGAAUAUUUGGCUGGUCCAAAUUAGGGGAGAACAAAACUUCCCAGUAAAUCAAAAGAAAACAAGCAACAGCCUAAUCUAAUCUAUUCUAAUGCCCGCCUCAUCUAACCACAACAAUUUCAAACUAAACUCAAUUUAUCAAAUGUCCAUUUAUGCCAUAUGCGAAAAGUCAGGCAGGACCUUGUUUGCAAUACGUAGUGAGUAUUUUAAUUAUUAUAGAAGAACAAAAUGGGUUUUAGCUUAAAAAUAAUAAAUAUAGCAUCUAAGUAAUUUAGUUACUCUUUGAAGUUCUCCGGUUACAUCGGAGCAUAUAAAUUUCACACAAUAUGUAAAGGAUUUUAAGUGUCUAGUUAUAGAGCAUUCAUCUAUUCGACAGAGAUACAAUCCGAAUAUUUCCGAAACGUCCUUCCAAAUCAACACAACAAAAUAGUCAAUUUUAUUGGCGAAAAUGCCAAAUUGUGUGAUAUUUCAAAUAGACGAUGUAGAGAAAUCAAUUAUGAAAGCAGAGUACGUUUGGGAAGUGUUUUAAAAGGAUUAUUAAAAAAGUCAGCUAAUCUACAGUACAUGAAUCAAAAUGGUCGCAAUGUUGUUUUUAAAAAUUUAGUUUGAUCCGCAGAACACCCAAGCCAUAUAAAUACUGACUACGGCCGUCAUGUUUCUGGUACACUCGAGACUUGGACCAAACCCUAUAGAGAAAAGUUGUCGUUAAUUUUCAACCGAUUUUCUUAUCUUUUUCUCGUGAAAGAAAACGUGGUAUCACUUUUCCGAACGUAUCUUGUGCUAGAAUGGAAUACUCCUACUCAAAAAAAAACUCUACAUAAAAAUAGCAAUGUUUGGCAACGGUACAUUUUUUUUGCUAUAAUAUCCAAUUAUGCCAAUAAACCGCUAAGCAUGUUACUCCAAAUCAAAUCGAAUUUCCUUAAACAUAUUAUU